AUGGACUCCGAAUACACCAGGCCGUCUCUGCAUUUUACGACAGCCUCCUGGAUUGACGAUCCCUGUACCCCCGGUUACGAUCCAGCAACGGGCUUAUACCAUCUCUUUUACCAAUGCAAUCCCCCCGGAAAGGAAUGGGAGUCGAUGUCCUGGAGUCAUAUCACCAGCAAAGAUCUCAUUUUCUGGACCUCUUCCACCGGGCCAGCUCUGAUUCUGGGGGAGCCUUAUGAUUGUGACGGGGUCUUUACCGGUUGCAUGGUUUCUCCCAACCGGAACCAAAGAUCUUUGAAAGCGAUUUACUCGUCAGUCCGCCAUCUACCUUUCCACCGGAGCACCCCUCCAUAUCCUCGCAAUACUGCGGGACUUGCCAUGGCCGAAUCUACCGACGGGGGCAAGACAUGGAUGAAGUACUCGGGAAACCCAAUCCUCCUGGGGGAGCCCGAUGACGUUCAGGUCACUGGUUUUCGGGAUCCCUUCUUGGCUGAAUGGCCGGUUCUACAUCAUUUACGAGGGCAUGAUUGCCUGUACGAUCUCGUCGCGGGUGGAACCCAAGGCCAUGGGCCGACAGCGUUCUUAUACUCCCCGUCGCAGAAAUGGCCCGGGAACUUCGGUGUUAACUGGGAGUGCGUGAACCUUCCGACUCUUAAAUCUAAGAGCGAUACACGCAUGUGUCUCAUCCUCGGAGCAGAAGGGGAUGUCGAGCGAUGCCACAUCCAAAACUUCGAGUCUAGGCCACACAUUCCCCCUAGGACUACUCGGUCUCUCUUGUGGAUGUUUGGCAACCUGAGGAUGGAAGGCAAGCUGGUUUGUCUCGACUAUACUCAUGGGGGGUACUUGGAGUGUGGAUCAUUGUACGCGGCCAAUUCUUUCGUCGACCGCGCCACUGAGAGAAACAUCAUGCACGCAUGGGUUCCUGAAGAAAACAUCACGGCGAGCUACGCCAAAUCCAAGGAAUGGAACGGUGCUAUAGCCAUUCCUCGAGAGGUCUUCCUGCUUUCUAUUCCGAAUGUUGCUCGAGCGCUGCGUAGCCCUCUGGCUGAUAUAGAGUCGGUGGAAUCGGUUCUGGAUCGAGAUGGUUCUUCUACAAUCCACACGCUGGGAGUCCGGCCAGUCCAAGAAAUCAAUCGGCAACACAGCAGCGGUAACCAUGUGUGCCAGGAAAGGGAUGUCUCUGUCCACUCCUCGACCGUCGGAGAAAACCUGACACUGUGCUGGACAUCAUUCCCCAGCUGGGAGCUUGAGGCAACAGUCGCCCUGGACGGCAUGCGCUGCCGGGAAUUCGGCUUUCAUAUUCGCCACAAUAGCGAUAUGUCGAUCUGUACUACGGUCACCUUCUCUCUUCAGCAGGAGCAGAUCAGCGUCAACAAGGAAAAGUCAACAUACCACGAAGAUGUACGCAACUGUCCUGAAGCGGGCCCGUUUACACUCUUCUACUUUUCAGACAGAACGGGGGCCGAGCCUCAAGAGGUUCUGGAGACGCUGCGCAUCCGCAUCAUCUCUGAUGCUGAUGUCUUGGAAGUAUUUGCAAACGGACGGUUUGCCUUGGGUACGACGGUUUAUUCUCCGAGAUAUUCUCGCCCUACGGGCAUAAGCGCUUUUUCUAUCGGGGAACAGGGGUGUGCUUCUAUUGAAGGGGUAGAUGUUUGGGACAGGUUGUUUGUUAGUCAAGAAUAA